CCGGCGCCUCCAGCGCAGAGCUGCUGCAGCUGAGAGCGCCGCGACCCAGGCACAGGCUGAGCCCCUCACCAACCAGAGGCCGACGAGAGGCGCGGAGGGGGCCGGUGGGAUCCAGUCGCGGCUCCGGCUUCCCCUCGGGGACAAACACGGAACCCCCCAACUUCCGCUGCCUCACCGCGCACCCGCCGGGCUGUGCGCUCUAGCCCAGCACACCGCGCGCGGCACGAGCGCACCUGGCGCCAGGCCCGGCCCGAGGCGAUGCGCGCAGGGGGCCAGGCGGCCGGGCUCGGGCGGCGGGAGUAGCGCCCGGCGGGGAGGACCAGGGGUUAGAGCCCCGGCUGUGCGGCGGGCAGAGGUCGCUUUCGCUCCACGCAACACCCGCUGCUGUCGCCGUGUCGCGAUGAGUCGCGUGGUCUCGCUGCUGCUGGGCGCCGCGCUGCUCUGCGGCCACGGGGUCCUCAGCCGCCGGGUGGUCAGCGGCCAAAAGGUGUGUUUUGCUGACUUCAAGCAUCCCUGCUACAAGAUGGCCUACUUCCACGAACUGUCCAGCCGAGUGAGCUUUCAGGAGGCACGCCUGGCUUGUGAGAGUGAGGGGGGAGCCCUUCUCAGCCUUGAGAAUGAAGCAGAACAGAAGCUAAUAGAAAGCAUGUUGCAAAAUCUAACAAAACCAGGAACAGGGAUUUCUGAUGGUGACUUCUGGAUAGGCCUUUGGAGAAAUGGAGAGGGGCAAACAGCCGGCACUUGCCCAGAUCUCUACCAGUGGUCUGAUGGAAGCAGUUCCCAGUACCGAAACUGGUAUACUGAUGAACCUUCCUGUGGAAGUGAAAAGUGUGUUGUGAUGUAUCAUCAACCAACGGCCAAUCCAGGCCUUGGAGGCCCCUACCUUUACCAGUGGAAUGAUGACAGGUGCAACAUGAAGCACAAUUACAUCUGCAAAUAUGAACCAGAGAUUCAUCCAACAGCUCCUGCAGAAAAGACUUAUUUUACAAAUCAACCCGGGGACACCCAUCAAAAUGUGGUUGUUACUGAAGCAGGCAUAAUUCCCAAUCUAAUUUAUGUUGUUAUACCAACGAUCCCACUGCUCUUACUGAUACUGGUUGCUUUUGGAACUUGCUGUUUUCAGAUGCUUCAUAAAAGGAGAGCAAGGAGAAACUGCAUCAAAGACUCAACUCCAUUAUCAUCUGAGUGCCUUGCAGAAAAUUUAAAUUCCAAUCUGUAAAGGAAGAACAAAAACUAGCCCAAACCAGUCCACAUUGUGGAUUUCAAAAAGCACCAGAAAAGAGAGUGGCAUGGAAGUAUAAUGAUUCAUUGACUUGGCUCCAGAAAAGAAAUCGAGUUUUAUAUUCGGGAUCUGCAUAAGGAAUGGCACCAGAGCAUUCGCUUGGAAUGGCUUGAAAUCUCAAAGGAUCUGCAAGGUGAACUGUAAGCUCCCCCUUGAGGCAAAUAUUAAAAUAAUUUUUAUAUGUUUAUUAUUUCAUUCACAAAACAUGCUGUGCUAAUAAUGGAGUGAGACAUGCUUAUUUUGCUAAAGGAUGCGCCCGGACUUCAAGUAAAUGGAAUGGGCCCCGCAGAUGACAUUACAGUCCACACACCAGAGAAGCGUGUGUGUUGAAGCAGUUAUUUCUGUUUCUUUCACCUCUCAUAAGUUGUAAUCUAGCUAAUGUAAUGUAAAUGGUAUUGACAUUUACAGUGUGCAAACAUAUUUUACCUUUACAUAAGUGUUUGAUAACAAUGGACUCUUCUAAUAUUUAUUUUUAUGGGGUUUCAUUUUUUCAAUACAUGCUGUUUUGCUUAAAGAAAUUUAUUACUGUUGUCACCUGAAUUCAUAAACACAUAAAUGUAGUACCAUAGAAAAGUUUCUAUUCUAGAAAUGGUUCAUCUUUCAGUUUCCCUGCUUUCAGACAAUGUUUAGGCAAUCUCUUCAGAAAUUAGAAGCUAUUUCAAUAACUGUGGUGUAAAUCUACUCAAAUAUUUUACUUAGAGGCAAGAAUUGUCUAAUUUCAAUUGUGCAAGACAUGUGCCUUAUAAUUAUUUUUAGUUUUAAAUUCAACAGAUUUUGUAAUAACUUUGUUAAUAGCUGUAUAAACAAUAAUACACUCCAUCUCGAACAAAAAUAGUGGUAUACACAGUAUAAAUCCUAUGUCUUCACAUGUUGCCUAUAUAACCACCAGUUGCUCUCUGAGGGUUUUGGAAUCAGCUUGCUCCCUUCCUUGUCCACAAAACAAAGAUGCUUGUUUGGGGUCUGGGAUUCAGGUAGCUGUGGAGUUUGCUUAAGGUUUUUCCUAGCUCUGUUUAGCCUCUAUUAGCAGCAUAUAAAGGAGUCCUGGAGUUGGGACCAGGAGAGUGGUCACUACCGGUGUGGAGGUAAGCACAGCACACUCACAGUUCAGAAUGGAAAGAAACUAGGAAUCAGUGUGGAAAUGAGCUGCCUGGUGUCCGUGAUCACAUGUUGGUGUUGAGAGUUUGGCUGAGAGGGUAAAUUGGGCCUCCUCUUGCCUUCUAGUUUGCUUGUGGCUCCUUCUUAAGAAAGUUGUAACUAUCUGGUCUUCAAAUGUCCCUGUGCUCCUUUUAACCAAAUAAAAAGUUCUUGUUUCUGAAGAAUGGUCAUGGG